AUGACCACUAACCCAGAUGAAAACCUGAUCAAAAACGGCUGGCUCGAAGACGUGUGGUUCCACGUCGACAACCUCUCUUCUGCCCACGUUUACCUGCGAAUUCCCGAGGGAGCUGACUGGACGUUUGAGACUCUUCCUGCCCAGGUUGUGCAGGACUGUGCUCAGCUCACCAAGGCCAACUCCAUCGAGGGCAACAAAAAGGACAAUGUGACCGUCAUCUACACUCCCCAUUCCAACCUCAAGAAGACCAAAGGCAUGGCCACCGGUCAGGUUGGGUUCCACAAGGACACCCUGGUGCGAAAAGUGCAUCUGAAAACCCGUGAGAACGGCAUCAUCAACCGUCUCAACAAGACGAAACGAGAGGAAUACCCCGAUCUAGAAAAGCAAAAGACCAUUCACGAAAGCAAGACCCUCAAAGAGGCCAAGGAGGCCCGAAUGGAGCGAGAACGGGCCGAGAAGGCUCUGGAGGAAGAGCGAGCUGCUGAACGUUACAGAAAGAAGCAUGCCUAUGAUGAUUUCUUCAGCGAGGAGAAUAUGCAGUCCAGUGAGACCACGGGGAAUAUUGAGGAUGAUUUCUGGUAA